AUGGCGAGCCAGACGCCGUCGACACCCGUCAAGGUGCCAGCGUCGGCUGCUAAUUACACCCCCGCGACUCUGGACCCCGACCUUCGAUCGCAAAUCAACUCUUUAUUAUUAAAAGAAGGCCAUGUCACAAAGAUACAGGACCAGCUUCUCCACUCCCUACACGCGCACCAUUCCAACUGGCCGACAACGGUACAAGCCCACGCCGUCGCCCUCCUGCGAUCGGGCGAGGUCACCACAUUCCCCGUCCUCCUGCGACGCGUCAUCGAAGACAUCCGACAAGAGACAACCCUAGCUCCGCAUGCGGUGCCGCCUCCCACCCCAGCAGCCAAGUCUGCGAACGGCGCCUCCGAAGUGAACGGCAAGAAGUCUGCAAACGGGACGCCUGGUCUCGAGGGGGCCAGCAACGGCAACACAGCGCUGCCGAGCCUGGCAGUGCCACAGUCGGCUGUUGAGGACGCGCUCAAGGUGACGCGCGACUGUCUGGAGAUGGUGUGUGAGAUGGAUGAGAACGGGACGACCUGA